AUGGUAACGCAAACAACGACUGCCCAACCGGCCCCAAAAACACCAAAGAAGCCUACCCAGAGCGAACUGGUCCACCGUGUCAUCGACGAGCUCAACCGCGACUAUAAUCUCUCCGUCGAAUUGCCGGAUGUUACACUUACUCCCUCAUCAACCCGGGCACGCGCCCAGCAGGAUGCUGCUUUCGCCCGCAGCGAGGAAAUAGUCCGCCAGAUCCGUUAUCAUUGUUUUCAGACCUCUUUCAUUGACAGGAUCUUGGAAAACUUCCACAUGGAAGCCCGUGCCGCUAGCCAACGAUGGAUCCGCCUAUCUGACGACUACGAGCCUCUCUCGGAUCCCGGUGUAUCCCCCAAAGCCGAGUCUCCGGGAGAAGUUCUCAGGCUCCAGGAGAUACUUAUUAAUAUUCUGAGGAAGGCUCGACCUAAACAGCUGGAAUCUAUGACUUCCACUCGAUCUCACCCAGGUCCGGCGGCCUAUCCAGCCAUUGGAGUCCCCAAGUCUAAGAGAAGAUCCGAAGCGGAUAACAAGGCAAUUUCGCCGAAGAAGGCCAAGUCCAGUCUGUCUGAAGGGGUGAUCAACACCCUAGACAAUGUUCCCAGCCGCUCCCAAUCGCCCCAUCUCGACUUGUCCUCAGCAGCAAGGUUCAGUAAGCGCGUUCAAUGGCCUUCCAGGCCCAGCAAUGCGUCUUUUUCACGUGAUGGCGUCUUUGCAAACACUUCCUUCUCGACAUCUGCAAAUACCAGCCGGACAUCUAUUUUCUCCGCGGCGAACGAUUGCUUCCCGGGUACUCAAGAGACAAUACCCACCCCAGUCGAACCGUCCUCGUCGGACUCGCAAGAUCUAUUCCCGGCAAGCUCCGGCCAUCUUGAUGCGCUUGACGUCUCAUUCUCCGAGCACGACGCGGGAGCCUCGUCGAAUGUUGCCACGAAACCUACCGAAGCUGAACCUGCUCCGUUGGGCAAGUCGCGUGACGUGGCAGUCCGCUCGGAAAUCUCUGGUUUUGACGAUCCCACUCUCUGUGAGGCUCUGUUUGCCCCCCUCAAGAGAACUGAACCAGUGGAUCUCUUGUCUAGACUUGAAGCGUCUUGGCCCAGAUUCCCGUGCUGGCUGAACCGUGCCCCUUUCGCGGUUGCCUGGGAAGUCACCCGUAUCGCAGUUCAUUGCAACGUCGACUUGGGGGACGUCGACAUGACCUAUGACGAAUCAUGGAUCAACUACAAGCAGCUCCGGAAGUCUCUCUUCGCCCACCCCCUUUUCGCUGGCAAGGCAUUCCCAGAACAACCUUGCGCGGAUGCCUGGAAGGCAGCAAUGUCCGGCUUCAAAACCGUCCGCGGACAGCAUGUGGUAUUUUCGGCGGCCCUUGAUCAAGCUCCAAACGAGAAGAAAGGCCAGGUAUUCAUAUUGUCCAUGAUGCCAGUCUCGCUUGAUCAUGGCAGCCGUCUUCGUCGUCAUUUUGGCUCAGAUCGCUUCCUAGAACUCCUGGUCCCAGCUUCCAAUUCCUGGACCGCACCCCUCAACAACCCUGAGGCCUCGCAGGAGGUUAUCCGCUGGCUGUCUUCAAAGCUCCAUUACUUUGCGGGUAGACAUUGGCGGGCGUUCUUCUCAAGAGAUGGCGGCUAUAAAAAGCCACCGAAGAACCUAUACCUUGGACCGGAGCCUCGACCCGUUUUCCGAGAGCGGAUCAGCCUCUUUGCCGAGAAUGGAAACAACUUUCACACCGUCAAUACCCCUGGCGGGACAUCGCCCAAAGAUGGCACGCCCGAACUGAGAGUGAAGCUAUCUACAUGUCGCAUGCUUGAUUGGCUUCUACAGUUCGACAGAAAUCAAGAACAGCCCUGCCUGAAGCUCUUCUCCCGUAUACAGCUUGGCCUCAGCAAAACAACACCAAUAAUUGUUCUUGGUCGCGAUCAGAUACGAAUCCAAGACCAGGAUAUGUGCUCCCCAAUUGGAAAGGUCAUGAAUGACGGUAUUGGGCGUAUGUCGCGUUCUCUAGCACGCAAGGCACGAGACGUUCUUGGCAUUAGUGAUAUUCCCUCUGCCAUACAAGGUCGCAUCGGUCCUGCAAAGGGCAUGUGGCUCAUCGAUAUCUCCGACGACAAAGACGACCUCUGGUUGGAACUUUGGCCAUCUCAGCGGAAGUGGAACUGUGACUUUGGUGACCCAGAGCACCGCACCUUUGAAGCACGUGCCCAUGCAAUGGAACCCAGGUCUGCCUGUCUCAACAUCCAGUUUCUUCCGGUCCUUGAAGAUCGCUCCAUAAAUAAGGAAGCGAUGCGUGAGGCCGUUGGCAAAAGCCUUGUUGACGAGCUCAACCGCCAGCUCGAGGAACAGAAGAAUGCCAUGAAAUACCCUCUGCAGUUUCGGCAAUGGAUCAGCCAAACAUCCUCUACGCGGACACAGCGACUUGUACACGGCCAUGUGCCUUAUAUGGGUGGUCUUCCCGAAUCGAACGAGGAGAUUAUGAACAGUCUCAUAGAUGCCGGGUUUGAACCUCAGAAGCAGAGGUAUCUCCAAGAACUGGCCUGGAAUCUCAGGUACAGCUUGUGCGAGAGCCUGAAGAAGAAAAUGAGCAUCAAGGUAUCCAACUCGGCAUACUUUUUCAUGGUCGUUGAUUUCUGGAAUGUGCUCGAGGAGGGCGAAGUCCAUCUAUGCUUUUCUUCCAAAUUCCAGACCGACACCUUUUCGGACUCGAUGCUCCAUGGCUGCGACGUUCUCGUAGCUCGCUCCCCUGCACAUUUUGUGAGCGAUAUACAAAGAGUGAAGGCCGUCUUCAAGCCAGAACUGCAUACAAUCAAAGAUGUCAUCGUUUUCUCCGCCAAGGGAAAUGUGCCUCUUGCCGACAAACUCUCGGGCGGUGACUACGACGGAGACAGGGCUUGGGUUUGCUGGGAGCCGGCCAUUGUGUCAAACUUUAAGAACGCAGAUGUGCCGCCGAUCCCAGACCUAUCAGGCUAUCUCAAGAAGGACACCACGGUAUUUGCCGACCUUGGACGUGGAGCCAACUCGGAUGCAGUCUUGGAUAUGAUCAACCGCGGCAUUACCUUCAGCAUGCGUCCCUCUUACCUGGGAAGGGCGACCAAGUUCAAGGAAAGGCUGUGCUAUCGCAUCAACAGCGUCAACAACGACUAUGCGCUUUGGCUGAGUGCUCUCCUCGGAAAUCUCGUGGACCAAGCCAAGCAAGGUUUUGAGUUUAGCGUGGAUGAUUGGAAUAGGUUUCGCCGCGAGCGGCUCGACGGCCAGAAGUUCCGCUACCUCGAGGACCCGGCAUAUUUUUUCGAUAGUUGGUCGGGUGGCGGGAAGCCCACACACAUUAUCGACUAUCUCAAGUUUUCGGUUGCCAAGCCGACAAUCGAUGCUGAGCUUGAGAAGUUCCACAAGGCAAUGAACUCGAGCUCAGAUCGACGUGAACUGAGAUCUUUUAGUAUGAGGAAGGAUACAGAGGAAGAAGAGACGGCGGAGUUAUGGGAUCCAGAUCUGACCAAGCCACAUGAAGUCUUUGAGAAGCUCGCAGCAACACACCCCGGCCUAAAAAGGGUACUGAAGAACUUGACGGAUGAUCUGAAGGACCUCGAGAAAAAGUGGAACACAGCCGUUGCCUCAACCGCGGAUAAAGAAGGCCUUCCGCGUCGCAUCGCAGAAGUUUAUGAGUCGUGGCGUGCCGUUCAGCCGAGGCCAGAUGGAGUGCUUGAUCCGACGAUCGAGGCCCUUCUGCUGCAAGACUACCUGUGUGAGGAAUUAUCGCAAUGGGCUCUGCUACGUGCGAGCAUGGCAUUCAAGAAAUACUACAAACGCAAGCCGAAAUUUGUAUGGCGUAUGGCGGGUAUACAGCUCCAGUACAUCAAGUCGAUGACAACGGCGGGCCACGGCAGUAUUCCCGUCGUCGUGACGCCAAGACUUUACGCUGCCUUGAAGCCAGAUAACAAGUACAUCACCCAGGUAGUCUCGAAGAUGAGAGGUGAAGGGUCCGACUAUCAGGGGCUUCACGAUGAUGACGAGAACAACUGGCAAGACUCGGAGGGCGAAGAGUAG